AUGAGCGCAGCACUCAGCACCCCUGGCCCCGGCCCCGCCCCCGCCGCGGCCCCGGGCCCGGCUCCGGCCCAGCAAAAAGCCGUCUGGUUCAAAGACUGUGUGAUCUUGUUUGGUGGCAGCCAAGACUCCCCCGCCGUCGCCGGCAGAAAUGCGCCCGGCAGCGCUCACAAGAUUCGCUCCCGCGCGAUUUCCAGCAGGUUCCCGCAUACCAACCCGUGGGUGGGCUUCGACCUUAACUUCCCGCUGCCGCAAAGGCAAGCGGUGAACGAGCAGGCGGGCUUCGGUGUCCGGUACAACCUGGACCGGAAGGCGGAAGGUGGCGUGGCGCUCGCCCAGGCGGAAGACUACGAGGUGACCGUUAGAUUCCCGCGGGGCCAGACUCGGAUGUCGGUUGAGGCGGCCACUCCAGCCCUGGUCAAGCGAAUUCCUGCCGCGGUAUCCCUGGUUUCGGUUACCAUCCACGAGGACGCGAACGUCAAGGUCACUGGCUUUGGCAUGCCCUUCAGGAACCCGGAAGAUCCCGUGGUUGAUGGCUGGGUCAACCGGAACGCCCCGAUCGUGGACGGCAUCACGCUGCUCGACGUCCUAGCCCAGAGGACGUUUCACGUCGUCCUUCCCGUGUCGUGUUCGGCCGUAGAGAAGGAGUGGAACGACGCGCGACUUCCUCCGCCGUUCAGCUACCCUUAUGGUACUGAACACACGUUGCGGCUCGACGAGAAGGGGAUCCCCGACAUGAGCCAGUAUGCCAGGCUCCUGGAGGAUACCAAGAGUAGGGAGAUGUUCCGCCCGGCCUUCAGCUACGAUGACGAUAAUUCCCACGUCGCCGUCGUGACGCAGACCGUCGUCCAAGACGAGUUCUGGCUUCAUCGGGCAGCCGGCGAGAUAGCAACGGUGAAAUCGCCGGCCUAUUUCGUGGACCACGGUCAGGGCCGAUAUUACGUCAUCGUCGCCUUGCGCAAGUCGUUGAUGGAGGAGUACGGUGCUGCUUGGCGGCGGCUGUCAAAGGACAACGAGGUUCGCCUCAACAUCGAGGUUGAAGGGGCCACGCCUUGCAGGCAGUCAUGGUAUGUUGCUUGGUCUGUGGCACAGUGCAUGCUGCUAAUUCCAAUCAGGCUCUGUACAAUCGUGGACCACCCGGACCAGGAUAUCCGCACCAACCACCCUGUCGAGGACUACGAGCUCGCGCGCAAGGUUGACUCUACCUGCGUAUACCUCUCCGGUGCUGGGCCGACUCGUGAUCUUCCUUACCGGCGCGAUCCUGCUGAGGCGCACGGGAAAGAGCGGAUGGAGCUGCAUCGCGCGGUGAUGAGAGGCCAGGGUUUCUACGACUGGAUGAUCCACCAGGCAGCCAAGGACCAUCUCGUCGAGGCCAUGGCGUCCGUCUCGGAUGUCAGCGCGCCUCCUGCACGCCCCGCCCGCCGGCUCCCUGCCGUCAAUUUCCUCGCGGCAGACAAUGAAGCGUAUAUCAAUGCGCUAUUCGAGGAAAUCCUCCCCGGUGAUCGGGCUCCGUUCCGCGAAUACCUUACAAACAGGUUUUUAGGAAUCGGUAUCGUUACCGCUGCCCCUGGUUUUGGCAAGACAACGCUGAUGGCAGUGGCUGGCCUCGCAAUGGAGGCCUCAAUCGGUCAAGUCCUGGCUUCUGGUCCGUCGAACGUCGCUGUCGACAACCUCGCUGGUCGUCUGGACCGAGUUUCCCGCUCCGUCUGUGCCCGCUACAAUGAGGGUAAGACCCAGGAGGACCGGACCCGCGAACGCUACAGGCUGGUCGUUCGGGGUUAUACCCCGGACCUGGAGAAGACCGCGUUCCUCAGGCUAUUGGAGAACCGGGACUGGGUCCCGCCUGUAGUCUCCGGGCAACGUCAGAAUUCCUGGACGCUCGAGCUCUCGCUUGCCUACUGGCUGCUCAUAUUGCUUGGGUGUCCAGAGGACCGGUUCGGCACCCUCCACCCCGACGCCAGCGAGAAAUUACACGGCCUACAAGCCGAGUUCAACGACCGCGGGGACCUACGGAGCAUUCGCGCGGUCGCAGCUGGGGAGAUGAUGUGGCAGACGUUCCGGACAACAGAAGAUGUUGGUAGCAUCUACCGGAAUGUCCUUGGGGGGUUGAUGAAACAGAUUGUCGACAUCACCGACAUUCUGGCCAUCACCCCGGCCAAAGCGGGAUCGCCAGCCUACCAUGAGUGGGUUAACCGCACUGCCCGGUGCGUCAUCAUCGACGAGGCUGCCAAUAUGCAUCGUAGUGAUGUUGGUUGUCUCUGGGGUAACUGCCUCGCUCCCGUCUUCUUCGGUGGCGACCCACGCCAGCUCUGGCCUACUGUCAUAACAGGUAUGGAAAAGGACCCCGAUGGAAACCUUUACCACCGGCUUGCUACCGACGGUGGAAUCUCUCCGCUGAGCUUCCUGGCAGCCAGCGGGCUACCGGUCUAUCGCCUCCGGAUACAGCUUCGGAUAGCUGAAGGACUGUUCGACUGGGUCGCCGAGCACCUCUACAGCGAGGUGAACUUUACCUACGGCCCGUCCUGCGCUAUCGUCCGGCCCCAGUUCCAGGCUGGCCACGUCUUGGAGCGUUUGCUCCGAAGUUAUCCCGGCGUCCGCCCCUCGCCCCCUGGCAAGUUUCUUCCAGUCUUCCUGCACUGUGAGGGUGCGUACGUCCACGUCGACCCUCGGACUGGGUCGAAGAGGUGCCCGGACCAGGUGGAGGAGGCCCUAAGGUUCGCGGCCAAGCUUGCCGGGGAGGGCGUCAACGCCGCCAAGAUCACCAUCCUCUCCCCCUACGCCGCCAACGUUGAACUUAUUCGACGAAUGAGGAAGCUGCCCGCGUACCGGAGCCUCAUGACGAUGGGCGACGCGUCCACAGUCGACGCCUUCCAAGGCCAGGAGAACGACAUCGUCAUCGUCGUGAUGGGCACGGCGUUCCCGCAGCCUGGGCCCGGGUUCACAACGGACCCGCACCGCCUCAACGUUCUCCUCACUCGUCAGAGGUGUGGGUUGGUCGUUGUCGGCGACAUCGACAUUCGGCCGGCGGACGGCAACGGCGCGACGGGUGCUGGCCACGGCUUUUUGGUUGUCUCGCCUGAGGGUGAGAGGCAGUGGCGGGCCGCCCCAAUGUUGCAGCAUAUCCACGCCAGCAUGCUCAAGCAUGGGCGUGUUGCGCGGCUGCCUGGCCCGGCCGCGGGCAGCUAA